AUGGUAAAUACAAAAUCUUUAAACAUCCUGUUCAAUAGCCUGUCUUUGCUUGAAAAAAUGCACCCACUAUAAAAUAAAUAUCUCAAUUGACCCUCAAAAAUAUAUAUGUUGCUUGAAAAUCACUGAUAAGAGAAAGUUAAAGCUAUCAAACGACGCUAGCCGGCACACAGCCUGUAUGGAUACGAGCAAACAUGCUACACUUGUUUGCUCAUGUGUAGGGAGUUUACUUAGUCUUCGCUCUAGCGUUGUACAUUUACGUGGUAUUAAAAUGUGUUAACACUUCGUUAAUGGCUGUCUUUAUGGUUUCCAGUCGUCCCACAAGACUUUCAGGAUUAAGCGCUUCCUCGCUAAGAAGCAGAAACAGAACAGGCCCAUCCCUCAGUGGAUCAGAAUGAAGACUGGCAACAAGAUCAGGUGAGUCCAUGAAGUUUGCGUGCUUUUAUUUUCGUUUACAGCAGUGUGAACGGUAGAAAACUGAGCUGACGUGUUCUCAAAUGGUGAUUAUAUGGAUACAACCAAGUGAGCCAGCCAGUCACUGGUGAAUCUUAUUUACCUCCAUUUACACCUUGACUUGUACUGAUGCAGGCUGCUAGUACUACCACCUCAUUUCAACCUGUGGCUUUAAAGAUGCAAUGGUACUGCAGAUAGAAUAUCAAAUAGAAACAAGCUGCAACAGACAUGAUAACUAAAACCUGUUCUCAUUCGGAAUUCAAGCUCUUGUUCAGAAAUGAUACGUGAGGAAAUGGUCAUGUUUACCAGUCAAACUCCUUGCAUCUGUACACAUAUUUGACCAAAGCUGAUUCUGAUGAAUGGCCAGUGUAAACCAGAGUUAAUGCAGAGUAUUGUUCAGUAAGUAGGGAAAUGGUUGAGUAGGAAGAAACUUGCACUCCCUGUCUGCAUUCAACUAACAAUGAACUCAGCUGUUUCAGUAUGCCAAACUCUUCUCCCAUUCACUCUGUUAGACUCCUCAUGUGUUUACCCAGUAGUCUGAGGAUUUAUCAGAUGUAUUAUACUGAAACUCAAAAAAGCACAGUACAAUAGUUCUCAGUGUUAUUAUGUAUAUUUAAGACCAUAGUAAGGUUGUGGUAGCUGUCUUAAUUUUAGGGAUUUUCUGUACUUGUAAACCACAGUUUCAUGCUUUGAUGUAUAAGGUUAUUUACAUCAUAACAAAAACAAUGGACUAGUGCUGCGUUCGAGAUACCUCAGAAGUCAGAGGUCUGAGCUGAAAAUGACGUCACACCCGAGUUACCAAGUCAGAAAAAGGCAAAAUCUGAGGCAGAGACAAGAUGGCUACAUCUACAAAAGUUAAUUUAGUGCUAGCCUUGUCUGAACAUAAGGCAAAUGCUAGAGUAACUUUCGUAGAUGUAGCCAUCUUGUUUCAGGCCUCCGAUUUUGCUUUUUUCUGGCUUGGUAACUGAAACGCUGGUAACUCGGGUGUGAUGUCAUUUUCAGCUCGGACUUCUGACUUCCCAGGUAACUCGAACGCAGCAAAAGACUACAGCCCAACAAAAUACAGCCUCUGCUAUGGACAAAGUAAAGGUGCACACUAAUUUCUAUAAUUUAACAUUUUAUUUCUGAACCAAUCUAUUGGUUUGCAUCAGACAAUCAAGGUACAACUAUUACACCUGCAGUGCAAUAGCAUAUGACAGCCUGGUAUACAAACACAUACCGAAACUUGGUUUUAAAGGAAGUAGCAGUUAAACUGAAUGAGUUUAUAACAUGUGAACACUGUCAAAGAUGUGUAGGAUGUUGAAUCUUGUACAUGUUGUACUUUGUUUUUUUUUUUCAGUUGUGCACUGUAAGCCUGCAUGUUCUGUACCACAUCUCUGUUAUCACUUAGAGUUAAGGUGAUUUAAUGGCUGACUAAUGCAGGAUAGAAGCAGGAUUUCCAUGUUAUUCAAAGCAGGUCUGCAAUUGCAGCACUACAUUGCAGUAGAGUGCUGUCAUUAACCCUGCUGAGAGCAUCUUUCUGCUGCAGAGCUCUUACUCCUGCUCACUGUGUGUGAUAAGGACGCUCUGUUAGCCAAACAUCACACUGUGUGCCAGAACAUUUUAUCUGCUCACUUAAUUGCCUGAUGUAUUUCCUUUAGCGUCAGUUCUUGCAGAAAUUACUGAAUCGAGUCCUAAAAUUGCUGUUAUUAAUGUUUCUUCUAAAAAGUGAUUUAUGAGCCAAUUUCAAAACUUUAAUUCACUACGGGAUAGUUUUAUUAUUCUGGUCUGCAAAUAUUUGAUGGUAAAUUAUAGAGGUUGCUGUGAUCAGGGUAGUUAUCCACACUUCGUGGUCUAUGAAACUGGUUACUUGAAAAUUUAGAGCUCCAGUUGUAAACAGUCUUCAGUGGCUUAAUGGAUUUGAGUACUUUCUGGGAAUUACUUUCCCCUGAAUCUAGAGUAAAUAAGACUUGAGAUCAGUUUACAAAGCAUGGCAGUGUUUUUGAUAACUCUAAAGGUUGUGACAAGUUUAACUAUUCAACAGUAAACCUAAUCCGACAACCUUUUUAUGUGGAGCAGCCACUGUCGGGUUAAACCGAUGACUCCUGAUGGCAGGGGUAAUAAAGAUGAAGGGUUUUUCCAGGUUUUUUUGCUGUCUCCACUGCGCAAAUAUGUUCUGACAUUUUUUGUGUUUGUGAUCAAGGUACAACUCCAAGAGGAGACACUGGAGGAGGACCAAGCUCGGCCUGUAA